GGCGGGGAGGUGGCACUGUACUAUGCGCAGAGAGCGAGGAAGGUUACGGAGAAGGCACGGGAGGACGCGUUGGAUGAGGCAAGGGGGCUAGUUGAGGCGAAGAGAUACGCUUCCAACGACAAAAGAUCUAUCGACCUACACGGGACGUCUGUUCAAGAGGCGAUAGUAAUCACAAGUGAGAUAUUAGAGAGAGAGGAUUGUUCACCUGCAUCCCCUCUUCGCCUCAUUACUGGCCGCGGUACCCACUCUGCAGGGGGCGUGGGCGUAUUGAAGCCCGCGGUACACCGUGCACUCGUGAACAAGGGCUGGGAUGUAAGGAUGUGGGACGGAGGGUUGGUCGUUCGGGGACGGGAGCGAUGGCAUGUACCUUGA